AUUCAGGAAGUCUUAAAACGUGAGGUGCGGUCAGACAUCAUGUCAGAUGCUGAGGAGCUCGUCACAAGCUGGGGAGAGAAGAACAAACAAUCACAGGAUGGAGAGGAUUAUGAUGACGGCGAGAAGAAGCAGAGGAGGAGCAGCGAUGAAGCCGAGGAGAGUGCAGGGGUCAGGGGAGAGGAGACGGAGUUGACCCGGCAGUCUCAAGUCUACAGUGCAACCACUGACACACUUUUCUCAAAGUCUCACACCAGAGCCCACGCACUGUCACUGGAAUGGGUGAUUGGGAUGACUCCUGCACUCCCCGUCUUCAGUUUGCAAGACCACGAUCAGUUGGUGAUUCUCUACGCUGGAGCUCACAUCGGGAUCAUCUACAACCACACGUCAAAGACCCAGCACACACUCCAGGGUCACUGCAACCCCAUCUCAUGCAUGUGUGUGAGCGAAGACAGACGCUGGGUUGCAACAACAGAACGGGGACCGAAAAACCUGGUGAUGAUAUGGGACUCCUAUUCUGGAAUUCCUGUGCAGACCUUGUUCGACUGCCACCCUGAUUGUGGUGUCGUUGCAAUGGCGUUUUCAAAGGACACAAAACAUCUGGUAACCCUCGGGGCUGAAGACGUUCAAUGUUUGUGUGUUUGGGAUUGGACAAAUCAAAAGGAAAAGCCUUUAUGCUUUACUGAAAUCAAUCCUAAGCACGGUUAUCAAGAGCACGUCAUUUUCAACCAAAACGAUAGCAAUCAGCUGCUCACCAGCAGUGAAAGCCAGGUGCUACUUUACAGCAGGGCUCAGGGAGAUCUGCAAUAUGUUGCCCUGAAUUUUAAGAAGCUCUGUGCCGCAGCCGGCAGUGGAAGGGAUGCUUCUGUAUCACCUCCGUCUCCUGCUGACCUUUCUCAAGCUGUCAACAAGGCUGCCAGGUUUCCGAAUAGGUGUGUGUUUCACUGUAGGAAGCCUCAGGUCCUGGCUGCCACUGCAGCUGGGGGGCUUGUGGUCUGGGACGUGAUGAAAGACAUGAAUGAAAACCAGACUGUCCCUCGAGACCGAAUCAAGGUCAUCAGGCUUCAGAAAGAUCCGAUCACUGUUCUCGCCGUAACUGACAGCUGUAUAGUAACCGGUGACACUCAAGGCGAUAUCAAGUUUUAUAAUGACGAAUUCCAGCUCGUCAUGUGGUACGACGAAUUCAACCUGGAUGCUAUUGUGUCCAUUUCCUUUUCCAAAGAGUGCACAGAGGGGUUUUUGAAGGCCUGCACUCUGGAGGCCAAACCCUACAUUUUCAGGAACUUUGUUGUGUCCACAGUCAGCUCCAGAGUAGUACAUGUGAAUUCACAGAAAAGCAUCCAACAGAUUCUGCUGAGUGAGGACUGUGACCCUGUACAUGCUGUAGCCUGUCACCCCAAACAGCCAGCUGUUGCGAUGGGCAACCACAUGGGCAUUUUAAGAGUGUGGGAUUACAACAACAAAGUGAUCAUCUGCAGAAGGGUCUUUGCGACAGAGAAGGAGAUUGGGUGUGUUACUUUUGAUCCUCAAGGAUCCUACCUGGCAGUUGGAUUUGGCAGCGGCGCCGUUCACAUACUGAACUCCAGCACUUUGAAAAAUGAUCCUCAGGAAUGUUUCCAUUUUGCUAAAGAUGGCAUCCUUCACAUCACUUUCUCCUCAGACUCAAAGUAUCUUGCCACUGGAGAUGCUGGAAAAACAGUGACAGUGUUCCGCCUGCAGGCUAGAGAAGGUACUUCACCUCGUUGGAUGUACCUGGGCAGAUACCGCUCCCACUACAAGCCCAUCAUAGACCUUCUUUUUGGGGUUCACCUGGACAGCACCCAACCCAGACUGCUAUCUCUGGGGAUGGACCGUCGCCUGGUGGAGUACGACUUGGAAAACUCUGAAGUGAACCAUCUCCUCAUUUUAAGCUCUGAGCGCGUCGAGCAAAGUGCUGUGCCAAAGUGCAUGACUUGGUAUCCUCCGUUGACGGCAGAGCAGUUCCUUCUCAUUGCCUCAGACCAGUACAAGAUGAAGCUUUUCAACAGCACGAGCAGGAUGUGCAGACAGACUCUCCUUGGCCCAACAUACGACUCUCCCAUUAAGAAAACAAUGGUUCUUCCCAAGGUGAAAGAAUCUGAGACAAACUCAUAUUACCUGGCUUACAUCACAGAGGACAAGGUGGGUCUCCAGAUUUUGCCUAUUGACGGGAACCCCUACAAGUCCAAUGCUGUGAUCUGCCACUCAACAGGGGUGUCUUCUUUUGCCUGCUCCUACGAAGGCCGAUUUGUCUUCACUGCAGGCGGAUCUGACUGCACUGUAAUGUCAUGGGAGAUAAGCUUAAAUGCUUUGGAAGCAGCAGCCUCAUUGGGCGGAAAGGACAUGGAUCCUUUUUAUACCCUUUUAGAAGGAGGGAGAGACGGCAAGUUGUACAGGGAUAUGGAGGACUUUUUCUAUUUCUGCCAAGUCGGUCAUCAAGGCACUGACUCAAUGGAGAAACGUCAAGUGUCGACCAAAAUCCCCCUGUGUGAGGUCCCUUCUCUGAUGAGAGCAUUGACAUAUUACCUUACAGAGCAAGAGAUAGAAGACUUGCAAAAUGAGAUCAAGUUCAGCAAGUAUGCAGAAACAGGAAAAUACGUGACUGACAUUGACCUGGAGGAGUUCAUCAAACUUUAUAUCAACCAUCGGCCAGCCUUCGGCAUUGAUAGACAUCAGCUCAUCCAAGAUUUCAAUGUCCUUGGUAACCAGGACAGUACAGGACGGCCCGUUCUGCAGAGAAAUGAGCUGCUAGAAUUUCUGCAGGCUCGAGGAGAACACAUGACGGAGGAUGAGGUGGCAGAGUGUUUCACUAAACUUUUAGGUGUCAAUGAAGAAGAAGAAGAAGAAGAAGAAGGAGGAAAAGGAGGAGUGGAACAUUCUUACAUUCAUAAAUCUAAAGGUGGCGAUUCAGAAUAUUCUUUGGAGUGUGCAAUUCCAGAAGAGAUAUCAUUGGAGACAUUCACAGGUCACAUCCUGGGCUUCUCAUGCCCAAUACAGGAGAGUGGCAGAUCCUCGUCUUCACAGUGAUGAAAGCAACAAACUAUCUGCUCGUUCAGAAUAAGUGGUGUUGAGGACGAGCCUUAGACUCUUCCCUUCCCUUUCUUGCCCUAAUACAUACUCUGGCCUUUUUAUGUGUCUGAUUUUGAAUAAAAUAUCUAUAUUAAGUCAGAUGUUUUUAUAAGAAAUAUUAUAAAUGAAAAUGUUAAACUAAAGUAAGAAUUU